UCAAAAAUUCUGCAGUGUCGGCUUGGUAUUACGAGUUUUACAUUUUUUUUGGAAAUUUUGUUCGAAAAUUCUCAAUAUAACUCUUAAAAUGAAACUUAGGCCAUAAAAUAUAUUUGGUGGACACUACCAGACCGUGCAGUUUCUAUUUCAAACAAGUUAUUGGUCGGAGAUUUCCUUGAAAACAUUUAUUACCGCGCGGGGAAAUUUCAAAGCCAACAGUUGAAAAUGGAUUUUUUCCGUAGCUCUAGUUUCAACCAAGAAACGGCUUCGCUUUUCAUGGACGAAAAGAUUGCAUCUGCCCGUGGAAAGAUCAUCGAAGCUUUGAACGAAUCCUUGACGGCCAACACCACCCAGAAGUGUGAAAUCAUUGCCAAAGUCCAGGAACUGAUAAUUCACUCGGAUGCCGAGCUGCUGUUAGAGUUUUUGGAUAAUAUACUGGCAUUUGCACAUGACUCCAACCAGGAGGUGCGAAAGUCGGUUGCCGGAUUCAUCGAAGAAGUUUGCAAAUCCAACAUUAGCUUGCUCCCUAAAGUGGUUCACAUAUUGUUCGCUCUGCUGAGGGACACGGCUCCGAGUGUGACCAAAAGAGUGAUUCAAGGAUGUGGUGCGAUCUACAAACAGGCCUUGCAAUGGAUCUGCUCUCUGUCGGAUAUUACGGAGGAAGUUGAGCAAGCCUGGAACACGUUGUGUCUGAUCAAGGCCUCGAUUUUGGAUAUGAUUGAUAACGAUAAUGACGGCAUUCGGACGAAUGCAAUUAAGUUCCUUGAAGGAGUGGUCAUUCUGCAGACGUACCCAGAUGAAGACAGCAUGAAACGGGAGAACGAUUUCUCCCUGGAGAAUAUUCCGUUGACGUUGAAAAUUGCUCGAAGGCGAAAACUGGAAGACGAAGCUGGCCACAUUUUUGAGUUGCUGAUUCAGUUUCAUGCCGCUUCUUAUAUUUCUCUUGUGAAUCUUAUCGCUUGUACGGGUACGCUCUGUAUCAUAGCCAAGAUGCGUCCGUCCAUGAUGAAUCAAGUAGUGGAAGCUCUAUCGAAUCUACACUCAAACUUGCCACCAACACUGUCGAAUUCUCAGGUGAGCUCUUUACGGAAGAAAUUGAAAAUGGAGUUCUUGAACCUGCUGAAACACCCGGCUUGCUACGAGCAUCAAACCACCAUCGUUCAAAUUCUGCAGGAUCUCGGCGCCUCAAACAGUGAAAUCGGUCGAGCAAUUCCGAAGCUUGAUAAACGUGAACAGCAGCGUCGAGCCAAGCGAGCGCGGGACAGCUCAAUGUCUUCUCAGUUGGCAGCAAAGAAAGCGAAAUUGAGCGAACAUAUGCGUCGUGAGAAGGAGCGUUCGGCUGCUGCUGCCGCUGCAGUAUCUUCGGAACCACGUCAAAUGGAAAUCGAUUACGACGAAUUGAACGAACAGAAGGCCCGAUCCAAUGUCCUGAACGAACAGUUCUUGAACGACAAUCUUAAAAAAGUUGAAGUUGUUGCCCAGUUGGUGUUGAACAAUUUGACCAAGCUGCCGCCGGAACCUCCGCAGCAAUUCGCGCAGAAUUACUCUUCGAUGCCGGCCAACACCACCGUCCCGCAGCAAAUUCAGAAGAUCGCCCAAGUUUUCGCACAACAGAUGACCGACGUACGGGUUGGGCCAGGUUCGUCUGCCAUGACUAAGGAACCACCGAUGAGACCGAAGAUCAGCGACGAUGAAGAGCGGAGUAUCAUUCAGGGUCGACGUCGAGAGUUGGAUAUGGAAAGCUUAGCCGAUGAGGAUCCCGAUUUGGAUGAUGCAGAGCUUGAUAGACUUCCGGAAGAAGAACGAAAGCGCGCCGAAAACACCAGAAAGCUUCGGGAAACGUUGGAGCGUGUCAAAGGAGGUGAACCGAAACUUAAGCAAAGAGUUAAGGCCUUCGGUCUUCAGGACAUUACCAAGCCGCAGACCACGAAUAUGAAGCACAAAUUCCUGCUCGAUGCUGUGAGCAGAAUACUCAAAGCGGAGAAGCAAGCCCUCAGUGGUGGAGCAGCAUUUAAACGUAGACGUAUUAUAACCGUGUUCGGAUCUUGUUUCAUGCCUUCGGUAAGGGAUGUCAUUCUACAGUUCAUCUACGAGGACAUCAAGAAGCGGAUGGAUUUGGCUUUUUCGUGGAUUUUCGAAGAGUACAGUUUGCUGCAGGGCUACACUCGUCAUACCUAUGUCAAGUCAGAAAUGAAACCCGAUUUCCCGUAUACACAGUUAAUGCUGAACCUGUUGACCAACAUCAUGGAGCGACAGGAUUUGCGAGAGAAAGAUUCAUUGUUGAAAAGCAUUUAUUUGGAAGCACCGUUGCUUCCAGAUGAGAUAAUCAGUCUGUUGAACCACAUGUGUCAGCUGGAAGAACUAGCAGACUGCGGUAUGCAAAUAGCGAAAGAUCUGCUCAUCAGAAGGCCACCCAAGGAAAAAGUAUAUUUGGAUAUUCUCUUCAAAUACUCCGUCUAUGAAAAUAGCAUAAUUCGCGAAAAAGCCAUCCACUAUUUAUUGCACAUUUAUUCGUUGCAUCGAAUCUUAACCGACGAAAUGGAGACACGAUCACUGCAGUGGCUCGGAUAUUUGGAACACGAAAACCCACCGGAAGAUGUGUUCGCCUUUGAACUGGGCCGUGCGGAGAUGCCAAGAGUAUGGACCGACGAGCUGGCGAAAACCUGCUUGGGUCUGUUCUUGGAGAUUCUGGUGUACAAUCAGGAAAUGAUUCAUAGAUUGUCGGAUGUUUACACCAAAGCCACAUCCGACAUGAAACGUGCGAUGCUGAGAGCAAUCGAGGCACCGGUUCGCAAAAUUGGUGCCGAGAGCGAGGAACUGCUCAAACUGAUCGAAAACUGCCCGAAGGGAUCGGAAACCAUUAUCACUAGGAUUAUUUACAUUCUAACAGAAAAAUCACUUCCGACGCAGGAACUCGUCAACCGAGUUCGUACUUUGCACCAGACUAAGGUAUCUGACGUUCGUCUGUUAAUCCCAGUUAUUAACGGUCUUACCAAGAAGGAAAUUCUGGCCGCCCUACCUAAACUUAUCAAGUUGAAUCCAGUUGUUGUGAAGGAGGUGUUCAAUCGAUUACUGGGCGUCGGUUCCGAGUACAGUAGUGCUGAUCUCCCUAUCACUCCUACGGAACUGCUUGUGGCUCUACACACUAUCGAUACCAGCAAAGUCGAACUGAAGUGGGUUGUCAAAGCUACAUCCCUUUGUUUGGCGGAAAAGGAAACCUACACCCACGACAUUCUGGGCAGUGUGAUUCUGCAGCUAGUGGAGAUCAUACCUCUGCCGACGUUGCUCAUGCGAACCGUAAUUCAAUCGCUGACACUUCACCCAAGAUUGGCAGGAUUCGUCACAAAUCUGCUGCAACGUCUCAUCAUGAAACAAGUCUGGAAACAAAAAGUUGUCUGGGACGGUUUCCUCAAGUGUGCCCAACGGUUGACACCUCAGAGUUUGGGCAUUUUGAUUCAGCUCCCCACGGUACAGCUGCAAGAUGCUUUGAAUAUUUGCCCAGAAUUCAGGGAACCGAUGCUGGAGCAUGCCCGAGAAAUUAUGGAACAUCAAAUUGGCCACGUUUCGCAAGAUCGCAUGGAUGUUUUAUUGGGUAUUUCUCCUCACACGCCAUCCGAGAGAACGGAGCUACAAGUUGUUGCCAACUUUAACGAAGAAAUUCCAACGACCACCCAUAUGCCUGUGAUAAUCAAACAGGAAAAGGACGUAGAACGUCCGGAACCAGCUCCCCCUGGAAUGGAUUAAACGUAGCAGCGCUUGUUGUUAUUUUGUAUGGUUGCAAAUACUUGAAUUGAAAUUACGGUAAUAAAGUACAAUUUUGUGUAUUGAACACGGA